AUGUCGAAGUUACCUAGUCCUCUUCUUUCACGAUUCACUGAGCUUCAUGACCUGGCAAAGGCUAGGCAGGGGGAGCUGCGCGUAGCACAGCAUACAAGAGAGAGUCUGAGCGAGGAGUAUACCACCGAGCUCGCACAGCAAAAGUUGGAAAAUGGAAAGGAGAUAGAUCGCUGGGUUAUGCCCAUUCUCACAUCCUACCCACCUUGCCUCAAACCACUUGCAGCUCUCGACAAGAUCUUACUUAAAGACCUUCGUAUCCAUACACAUCACCAAGGAAGAGCACUCGUGGUUCGCGUCUUUGGAGAGCCCGUCUACCUCAACAAUGUGGUCUCUCUCGUCAAUGUGGUAGAAGAUGAAGCAAGAGAUGUCGAGAAAAUUCAGCUCUUCUUUUCGAGCACCUCACCUCCUGAAGCCAUGCUCGCCAAAGGCACCGUGAUCGUGGUCAAGGAGCCAUAUUACGAGCUUUGCGAUGGCUCUCCUUAUCUCAGAGUUGACCACCCGUCGAACGUCAAGAUACUUCGCCAAGAAGACCCCUUGUCUCUCGAAUUCUUUAAGACGCCGUCAAAGCCGAUACCCACAGCUGCUGCGUGCUGGAAAGAGCGUGGCAAUCACGCCUUGGGUCUGGAGAAAUACACGGAUGCAAUUCACUGUUACACGUCUGGCCUAAACACCUCCGGUCUGACAGAGGCGUACAAGAGAGACCUUCAUCGCAACCGUGCUGCCGUGAAUCUGCUUGCCGGUAACUACGAUGCUGCAAAAUCCGAUGUUUUGGAGUCACUUACCGGACACAACGACGAUGAAUCUCGUAAGCUGGACACCAAAGCCUUGUACCGAGCUGGUAGAUCUUCUUAUCAUCUCCGCGAAUUUCUGGCUGCCGAAGAGCUAUAUCAACGCUUGCUCGCGAUCUCCCCAUCGGACGAGGAUGGGCUCAGAGAGCUAAGCAAGACCCAGGCUCGGCUGAUUGAGCAGGAUACUGGUCUCUACGAUUUCUCAUCAAUGGCCAUGCAGAAAAAGCAUGUCGAUUGCGCCAGCUUCAUCAACAGGACCGAAGUAUGUGCCACUAAGGAUCGCGGACGUGGGCUUUUCGCUACGCAAGACUUUGCCUGUGGAGAUCUUGUUGCCUGUGAAAAGGCAUUUGCAAUGGCUUAUCGUUCUUCAACAGCCAUCACAGACGUCACCCGUCUGAUUGAUGUAGAUACUCAAACUGAACACUGGAAUCUUGCGGGAACGCUCUGGUCCAAGACGAUCCGGAAGAUCUUCGCAAAUCCAUCACUGGCACCCAAAGUGCUUGACAUGCAUGCUGGAUCGUUCCACAGGACGAAGACGCCACUUCAGAUGGUGGAUGAUACUCCCGUGGUGGAUGUCUUCCUGGUCAAUUCAAUCAUCGAGUGUGCUGCUUUUGGAGCUAUCGAGAGCAACGCUCGUGAACCUUUCGGCAACAACCCCAAUGUCAGCGUCCUCGAAUAUCCAACUCAGAAUCCAGUCGGCCUCUGGGUAAACGCUUCCUACGUCAACCAUUCAUGCAUUCCUAAUGUCGCCCAUAGCUAUAUCGGCGACAUGAUGAUCUUGCGUGCAGCCAAAAACAUCCCCAAAGGCACCGAAAUCACAAUGGCCUAUCGCAAGCCUCAUGCUGACCCCGAGAUACGUCAGGCUGAGUAUCAAAAGCUUUUCGGCUUCAUGUGUACUUGCAACCUUUGCACGGCGGAGGCUCAACGUAGCGCCUUUCAUAAGUUGCUAGUCACUCAAGCAGCUGAACAGCCCCUGACUUGGCUCCUGAGCAACAUUGAAGGCAUGGCAAGAUUUGCAGAAGCUCAAGCCCUGGUCAUUACUACCAUCCAUGCCUACUCAACUGCGACUCUCAAGAGCCUGCCUCGUUGGAGUUUGCCUGAAGCGCAUGCAUGCAUGAUGUUCAAUUACCGCAGUGCAAAAGACCUCGACAAGACUGAGGAAUGCGCAAUCGCGUUGGCAAACGAUCUGGGUUACCAGAUCUCAGUUAAGGGAACGAAAGUUCAUCUUGACCGGACGAACGGCUACUCGGACAUGAUAAUGGUCGAUGUGCUCACUAACCUCACGGAGGUCGCUGUCCGCAGAGGUCAUCUCGAUUUGGCGCUUGAGUUCCAAAGCUUGGCCAAGGAAAUGUACAUCAUCACCAACGGUGUCAUCUCUGGUAUGUACAAGAAGUACGGCAAAUUCGGAUAG